GAGUCACGCUGGUGCGCGCGGUCGGCGACGACCAUCGUCGAGCCGCCUACAGUUGUAGUCGGUGCACCACUCCGCGAGUACGCGACACUCCGCGCGCGGCGGACACCCCGCGAGAAUCCCGCCGGUACUCGAUACCCGCGGACGAAUAUAUCGUGACCUCCGGUACCCCGGACAAAUUUCGGAAAAGGAGCGAGCGAGACUCGAAGUCUCGCGAUCGGUGUACGGUAGAUAUACGGACUCCAGCGAAUAUAUUAGUGGAUUGAAUGUCCGAGUACUUGAAUCUCUCCCCGGUAGGAAAGAGCCGCGACGCGGGGUACCUGGCACGAAGUCUAUACUUUAUACGUGUGCAGUACGGAUACUUGGCGCGACUGAUGCAUCGCAAUGAUAGGAAACGUGUACUCGAUGAUAGGAAAAAGUCCCAAGUUUGUCGUCGCGUCUAGUGUCAUUAUUGAUGAAUAUUUCGGAUACCGACAGGAUCAAAAGAUCCACAAUUACGUCAUUUGAAAUCCGCAUCCUGCUGUUUGAGUCGCAGAACGUUCGAUGCUGCGGGUACUCUACGAAUGCUAGUAUUCACUACUUGACAAAACGAACAUUUCAAUAUCUUUGAAGACCGACAAAAAAAGUCUUUACUUUUUAAUCGAUCGAAAUCGGGGAAAGAAGAGAUACUUUCUCCUGGAUCAGAGAAAUACACCGGUCGCCUGUGCCAUCAUCGAAGAUCUUUCGCGGGUGAUUUCAUCCCGCGAGAUUGGCGAGAAUCGAUCGCCGCGCGGAGAACAGGAACGUCGCGAACCGACCGACCGGCGAAGUCGAGCACCUGACGAUUCUUCAGGUAUAAGCGAACCGGAUAGAGAUCCGAGGCAGCGCGGAAGGCGGACAGCUAGAGAACGCUCGUAUCUUUCGCGAAGAGGGGGACGCCCUUACAUGCACCGUCGUCGCGCCGUCGCCAGCACAAAUCGCACACGAGCAAACGCCUCGGCGGCAGUACACGUGCGCUGCGACGUACGGCGUACGACGCCGCGACGGCCAACGCUUCCGUCCCGUUGCCGCCACAGCACGUCGCGUCGCGACCUCACCGAUAAAUGUGCCGCCGCUGUCGCGGAUGACGUCCCGGCGGUUCUCCAAAAUGACGAUCACCUGGAUCACCCUAUUGGCCCUCGGCGUCGUCUGUCGCGGUGUUCCCGUUACCGACGAAUCUUCUAUUGAGACGACUACGAUAGGAGAUAUCGGAAAUGCCUCUGAGUCGACCGAGGCGGAGGGUCACUCCAUGGACGACAUAAUGCCGGGAACGAAGCCGUCGCCGAUCGCCGUGGUGUUCGUCGACAUCCCGGAGCACACGGAAACGGAACUGGGCUCGUCCGUGCUCUUGGCAUGCCGGACUGCCAAUCCUGUGGCCGAGUGCCAAUGGUCCUGGCAGCCAUUGCCACCGGUUCACCUGCCGCUUCCGGACGUCAGUGAAAGCCCAUCGGUUUCUACGACAACGGCGAUCCCGACGAUCGCGACUACGACAACUCCCACGACCCACCCGUUGCCCGUACGACAGUUUCCCGCGUUCGGAAACAACAGUAACGACUGCUCCGUGAGAUUCUCCAGCACCAAGCACGAGCAGACAGGAUACUGGACCUGCGCGGCGAGAGCCUCGACGAGCGAUCCUUUCACCAGCACCGAGCCUGCCAAGCUCAGCAUCAACGUCAACGUUAAUCACGGUAUUCUCAUCACGUUCGCGAAGCACGAGAAUGUCAUUGAAGUGCCGGCGGGAUCCUCGGCGCAGAUAAUGUGCCAGACGAAGUCACCGGUGCGCGAAUGCCAGUGGUCCUGGCGGCAGCUGAACCAGUCGCAACCCUGGAACCUCGACGUGAAAUCGUUUCCAGCCUUUGGUAAUGACAGCACGGAAUGCAGUAUCAAGUUCAAGAACGUCCUGCCGGAGCAAGAAGGCUACUGGACCUGCGGUGCGCGAGUAGACCCGAAUUCCUCGUUCACCCAGGCGACUCCAGUCCGUUUUCUCAUAUCAGAAGUCGAGUUCGUGCAGUUGUCGCGCGGCGUGCAAGUUGCAGCCGGCGAAUCGGUCUUCCUACGGUGCCUGGCGAACAAGCCGGUGGUACAGUGCGAGUGGUCGUGGAGGGCGUCGAACUCGAGCAAGGAACCGCUGCUGGUGAAGAAGUUCAGUCCAAACAAGGACGCCGAACACGACUGUUCCGUGCGAUUCAAGAACAUCCUGUACGAAGAGGAAGGUCUGUGGACCUGCGGGGUACGUUUGACGCCCGACGGUAUCCUGCACACGGCGCCCGCAGCGACCGUCAGCCUCCUGCCCACAGCUAAGGUGAGCUUCGUCGAAGUACCAACCGAUACGGCGGUGCCGGUAGGCACGGAGGCCACGCUGAAGUGCGUCACCAGUAGCCGCGUGGAAAAAUGCGUGUGGAUGUGGAAGCCGUUGCAUGGUAGCGAUGCGGAGGUCGUCCUGGACGAAUUCCCGAGCAAGGGUGAUCUCGGUCGCGACUGCUCGCUCCACCUUCCGCACGUGUACACGGAGAAGCAGGGUCACUGGAGCUGCCAGGUUUCCAUCAUGUCGCUCAAUACCCUCCUGACAUCGCCGCCCGCGAAACUCACCGUCUACGAACAAGACGAAGUGAAAUUCUCGGAGCUGUCGCAGGAUAUCCAAAUCUCCUCCGGCGGCAGUGUCCUGCUGCGCUGCGUGACAUCCUCGGCAGUGGAGCAGUGCCGAUGGUCGCUUACCCCAGUCAAUUCCAACACCACCGUGGUGGUGAAGCAGUUUUCGGCUGCCGGAAACGAGGCCCGCGACUGCAGCGUCCGCCUGAGCCAUGCUCUCUCCGAGCAGGAGGGCCUAUGGACCUGCGGCGCCAAGAAACACGGCCGGCAGAACUACACGGACGCGCCGCCCGCGAAGCUGAGCCUCCUCGAGCCAGAGCCUGUCACUAUCGCGGUUUGGGCUGCGCCAUUCAAAAUGGUCACUCUUGCGUGCAGAGUCGGAUCUUUGUCGUCGGAAACCAGAUGCCACUGGAUCCACGCCCCAAAAGUUCAUGUGCAUCAGAACUCCAGCAGGCAGCUUUCAAAAAAAGCGAGGCACAGCGUGCAAAUGGAUUAUGCCACGGGUAUAUGCAAGCUGAUCUUCAAACCGGAUCAUUCCGAUUUAGGACAGUGGACCUGUAAAUUUACCAUCAACAAUGACAACGCCGAUAUUGAAGUAGGAAGCGCCACGCUCGUUCUGCUGAACACUUUAGCAGAUGACAAAUUAGGAUGGAUCGUGGGGACUCUAACGGCCGUGAUCCUGUUCCUAAUGAUAAUAGUCGUGGUGCUGGUGGUGUGCAAGGCGCACAUCUUUAUCCGUAAGACACCCGAGGUUUUGGAAACCUUACCUGCCGGCAAAAGGAAGCAGAAUGUGCGAUCAUGCGGCGAGAAUCAGGGGAAGAUCAAUUUUCAAUUCGUUGAAGACAACGGCCACACCUCGAGCCUCGAGAGCGUACUGCCUAACAGAAGUCCACGUGUAGAGAAGACUCAUGGAAUACCAUCCAAAAUAUACGAGAAUGUUGGAUUAUAAUAUGUAAUUAUCAACGUUUAAAUUAGAGAAAUAAAAAGACUACAUUUUAUAAAAAUUACAGACAUAUGUUGACAUUUUAUACAUGUGAAGAACCUCUUCAGCAAUUUUAAUAAAUUUGUAUAAAUUAUAAUUUUACAAUAUAAUGUAUAUAUAAUUGUCA